UUUUGUUGGGUAAUAAAAAUCUGAGGGCACACUGAUUCGUAGAGAACACAGAUGACCUACUAAGGGUGUAACAUUAUGAAAGCUUGUAUGGUUACUGUAUUCGUAAAGUAAAAUUGAUGAUUUUUCCGCCACUGUUGGGUAGGUCAAGGGUCCCAUGAAAAUGGAUGAUUCAAGCACAAGAAGUUCCCGAAAAAUGCGCAGCCCACAUGACGACGAAGAAGAGAAAGCUCAUUUUCAAAGAAUUGUAGCUGCUUUCAAAUAUUACAGGACACACUCUCUCCAGCGAGUUGCAAAGACUGAGAACUAUUUAAGAUCUUUACCAGCUCAUCAUCAGAAGUUGCUGGAGAACUAUCAUCGACAUUUAACAGAAAUCAGAGCCUGCAUUGAGAGCAAUGAUCAGAUCAUCAAAUUGAUCAUCAGGGAUGUUGCAUACAUGUUUGAGAAUGUGAACCCAACAGGUCCAACAGAACCAGUUAAAAUUGUGAGUUCCCGUCCCAGUGGAGCUGACCUUGAGAAAGUUCAUGCUACUCUAAAGCAGUUUGUGCGAGACUGGAGUGAGGAGGGGGCCCAAGAACGCCAGACCUGCUACCAGCCAAUAGUGGAGGAGAUAGUGUCACACUUUUCAACAGACAUGUGUGCGCCUCAGGAUAUUCGAGUGCUGGUCCCAGGAGCAGGGCUUGGACGACUGGCGUUUGAAAUAGCUCGUCGUGGUUACACGUGCCAGGGCAAUGAGUUUAGCCUGUUCAUGCUGUUCACAUCCAACUUUGUGCUUAACAAGUGCCGAGGCACAAAUGUGUACCAUGUGUUUCCAUGGGUACAUCAGUAUGUGAAUAACCUGCUUCCUGAACACCAGACUCAGGGUGUCUCAUUCCCAGACAUCAAUCCAGCAGAUCUUCCACCAAACGCUCAGUUCUCCAUGGCAGCUGGAGAUUUCCUAGAGGUAUACACUGAAAAGGAUGAAUGGGACUGCAUCUCCACCUGCUUCUUUAUCGACUGUGCAAACAACAUUGUAGCAUUCAUUGAGACUAUAUACAACAUCUUGAAGCCAGGAGGUUUGUGGAUCAAUCUUGGACCCCUGUUAUACCACUUCUCAGAUCUUGCCAACGAAAACUCCAUUGAACCCAGCUACCAAGUUGUACGUGAGGUGAUUGUAGGCAUUGGCUUUGAGAUAGAGAAGGAGGAGACACAUGUAAAAACGACCUAUGCACAGAACCCAAAGUCAAUGUUGCAGUAUGAAUAUGAGAGCGUGUUCUUUGUGUGUCGCAAGCCUGCAUUAGAUGACGACAGGAGUCCGAGUCAGACUGGAGGCCGGUAGCAGACCACUGCAGUUCAUUUCUGUCCAUGUGUGACCAAACAUUUGCUGCAUUUAUGUGACUUCUGUCAUAAAUCAGCCACUGUCAUGUAAAAGUUGUGUUUUCAUUUAAUUUUCAUUUUUAUUGUGAUCUCCUCUUAUUGUGGUUCAACACUGAAGAUGGAAACUGAGGUUCAACAGUAGCCAGUCAGCAUCAAAGAACUCAGAACUAUAUGGAAGUCAUGCAGUAAAACAAUGAUAGUCACUUACUCAAAUAUGUAUGCUUCACACAUUAACUCAGACUAUGUUAUCCAUACUGUAUUUACAUGCAUAAUCAUGAACUUAGCACACUGGAUGCACCCAUACUUUAAUGCACAGAAGUCAGUCACAUAUUACAUACGUAUCAGUUUCUGCAGCACUGUUACAUUUGAAUCAGUAUCUCUUUUAUUAUAAACUUUGCAGACUAUCAAUUAGUGAUGUGACUUGUUUAUGACUGAGGAAUGCUACAUGGACAAAAACAGAAAUAAUUAGGUGAAAUUGAAUCACAAUGUUCUGUUUUUGCUAAAGAGAAUGGAAAUUGACUGCAGGAUGUGAAUUUUAUAUUAAUAAAUAGUUGUUGCAUGAUUUGAGAAAGUAGAGUGAUUUACAUUGAACUUAAGCCACAAAAACCUAAGGACAAGAAUUAUCUCAGCCUUGCCAGGAAAAUUGUUAUAUGAGGUUACAAA